AUGCUUGGAGGGCGGCCGUCGAGGGCUGCGCGCACACGUGCGUGCCCCCCCCCACCUCCGCUGCGGGCGGGCUGCUGCCUUCCUCCUCCUCCUCCUCCUCCUCCUCCUCCUCCUCCUCCCUCUGCUCCUCCUGUUGCUGGGGGGUGCGCAGGGGCUUGCGGAGCGGCUGUAGCCGGCUGCGGGACGGGGCGCGCCCGGCUGCGCUCUCCGCCCGGCCGCGGAGCGCAGGGGCUCCCUCUGGGGACGCCGAGGAGGAGGAGGAUGGGGCGGGAGCAAGGAGGAGGAGGAACUCGGCGGCGCCUUCCCCGCCCAGGUGGGGAAGGGGCGGACCCGCCACCUGUCCCGGGAUGUGGGCGCAAGGAUAACGGGGUCGGGAUCUGCGGAUGCCGCUUCUAUUCCCCUGCACCGGCAGUGAGAAAGCGCUCCUUGCUCCGCGUAGCCAGUCGCUUAAAUAAACACACAAUAAUACAAGUGUUCCUGAGGUGCUCCAGGGACAUCCGCAGACAUGAAAGAGCUGCUCCUCUGGAAAGUGGGAGGAAGCACCGUCUUGUCACUCAAGUACGUUAAUAGGAUGUAGAAGUGUCACUUGUCUGGGCUGG